AUGUACCGCACUAUCAGCAUUCCUUACGCAUUCUUCACCCAAUUGUCUCAACCGAGCAAUAGCUUCCCCUCCAACCCACCUGAUAUCCACACAUUGUGCCUCGCCUUCUCGACUGUCUUCUGCGUCGCUAUACGGUUGCCUGCACCUUUAACCUCGGACGGACGAUGGCGCCCCGGCUUGCCUUGGCCUCGCGGCGACUUGCUCAGUGAUGAUGCGAUCAAUUGCAAUAAGGUGUCCGACAACACAGGAUCUCCUACAGUACAUAAAAAACCCACCCAGGAUGAAAUCCAAGGCGAAAGGGAGGACAGGCCCCCAGAGCCACCGGGCGCCUGGAGUUUCGUCGGUGCCAAUCACUCUUACGAGGUGAAGCUGACGCGCUAUCGGUCAGGUGGUGCAAUGCUGGAGCUUAUCCCCCAGGGUACCUUUGCUGCCGCCCUGCUCUGCCCUGUCAUCCCGUUGCUCAAGCUCCGACUGGAACGGGUUCAAGAGCUGUCCGAACUGGAACCUUGGAGGCGGGGGAGACGAGGCCCACAGCAACGCUACGCUGAUCAGAGCUAGCCUACCUAGUACGCCUGACCCACAGGUCAGAUGAGGACGCCUCCGUGUGGUGCCUGGCACGUGCCUCACUUCCCUGCCUUCCCGUCAUCGGGGGCAGUCUGGCGUUGGAGCUGCCUAAGAAACAGGUGUGUUCAAGCCAAGCCAGC